AUGGCUGUUCAAAUUCGAUCCAUGAGUGAAGAUGAAAAAGGAAAGGAGGACGAAGAAGAGCCGGAUAACGAAGUCGAAGGAUCUGACAAAGAUCAACCUAUGUCGGACAAAGACAACGAAGACAUCGAGGACGAAGCGGAAGAUGAUUGGAGGAUUCCAAUUCACCAAUACCUUGACAAAGGCACCUUACCAGCAGAUGUCAAGGAAGCUCGGAAGAUCGAAUCGAAAGCAGCAAUAAGGAUGCUCCAUGAUAUACACAAAGAAGAUGCCGACAAUCACAGCGGAAGAAGAUCCUUGGCAAUCAAAGCCAAAAUGCAAGGAUAUUACUGGUUAAGCAUGUACGAAGAUUCAAAAAACGUGGCUAAGCGCUGUGAGAGAUGCCAACGCUUUUCCAGGAAAAUUAAAGCACCAGUAACGGAGCUCAACUCAGUCAUCAGCCCUUGGCCAUUUUUCAAGUGGGGGUUUGAUAUUGUCGGACCUUGA